GUUGCAUUGCCGCCUACAGGGGGCGCCGCUGCAUCAUUGUCCCAGGACGUCUGGCUGGGGGGGAGCUCUGGAGCCCACAUCAGCUCGGAAAGCGGGGCGUGGACUCAGAGCGACCAGUGGUGAGGAGACUGUGGUUCUGGUGUGGGAGGAAAAAGAGAAAGAACUCCACAAGAACCCAACUGACUGGGGGAACAAACGGCCAGCCUGGGGCACAAGCAUGGAUGACAUUUUCACACAGUGUCGAGAAGGGAACUCAGUGGCUGUCCGUCUGUGGCUGGACAACACAGAGAAUGACCUCAACCUGGGACUGGGAUUAGCGAAUGUGUGUCUCCUUCUUUUCCUGAUCAAGAAAAUGAUCCUCCUGCGAAGAGAUGACCACGGCUUCAGCCCCCUCCACUGGGCGUGCAGGGAAGGGAGGAGCGGCGUUGUCGACAUGCUCAUCAUGAGAGGAGCUCGAAUCAAUGUGAUGAACCGUGGAGAUGACACACCUUUACAUCUGGCUGCGAGCCACGGACACAGGGACAUCAUGGCUAAGCUUAUUCAGUGCAAAGCGGACCCGAAUACAGUCAACGAGCAUGGGAACACCCCGCUGCACUAUGCCUGCUUCUGGGGCCACAAUGAAGUUGCAGAGGACUUGGUAACCCAUGGUGCCCAGGUGUGUAUAUGUAACAGGUAUGGGCAGACACCUCUGGAUAAGGCCAAACCUCACUUACAACAGCUGCUGCAAGAGAAGGCAGAGAAAAUGGGCCAGAGCAUGACCAAAAUCCCAUACAAGGAAACCUUCUGGAAGGGUACAAUGAGGACACGACCUCGUAAUGGCACUCUCAACAAGCAAGCCGGUAUUGAUUAUAAGCAGCUCUCGCUCCUGGCAAAGAUCAAUGAGAACCAGUCCGGAGAGUUGUGGCAGGGCCGGUGGCAAGGGGAUGAGAUUGUGGUGAAGGUGCUGCACGUGAGAGACUGGACCACCAGGAAGAGCAGAGACUUCAAUGAGGAACAUCCGAAACUCAGGAUCUUUUCUCAUCCAAAUAUUCUGCCUGUCCUCGGGGCAUGUCAGUCGCCUCCUUCUCCUCAUCCGAUCAUCAUCGCCCACUACAUGCCAUACGGAUCUCUGCACACCAUACUACACCAGGGCACAACUCUGGUGGUCGACCAAAGCCAAGCAGUCAAGUUUGCCCUGGACAUUGCCAGUGGCAUGGCGUUUCUUCACACCUUAGAGCCAAUGGUUUCACGGCUUUACCUCAAUAGUAAGCAUAUCAUGAUUGAUGAGGACAUGACAGCCAGACUAAGCAUGGCAGACGCUAAGUUCUCCUUCCAGUGUCCUGGUCGCAUGUAUUCGCCAGCCUGGAUGGCCCCUGAAGCGCUGCAGAAAAAGCCAGAAGACAUCAACAGAAGAUCUGCUGACAUGUGGAGCUUUGCAGUGUUGCUUUGGGAGCUGGUUACCAGAGAGGUCCCCUUUGCUGAUCUCUCAAACAUGGAGAUAGGAAUGAAGAUCUCGCUGGAGGGACUCCGGCCAACCAUUCCACCAGGCAUCUCGCCUCAUAUCUGCAAGUUGAUGAGGCUCUGCAUGAACGAAGACCCGGCCAAGAGGCCAAAGUUUGACAUGAUCGUUCCCAUCUUGGAAAAGAUGCAAGACAAGUGAAUGUCUCAGAGGAAAUGUGUCUAAGGGCUUUGUUUCGUUAUAUUAUCCAACCACUCUUUAGCUUCACUCCAGUCAUGUAUCUGCUAGGCCACUGUAAAUAAAGCCACAAACCACUGUAACUGCAUGUAGUUUGAACACAUUACUAUGCUUGUCUUGUACAAGUUCAUUUGAAGUUUAUUUGUUACUUUGUGUUUCUCUUCUAUAAUCGCUCAAAUGUUGUCAUUGAAAUAUUGGAAAACUAUCUACAGUGUGAAUUGCAUUUAAGUAAUUUGUAAGACAGAAGCCAAUCCAAAGAAGUGUGUAUAGAAUUACAGCUUUUUAUACAUGCCUAUGAUUGCAGAUGAAAUAAAAUUUGAUAUUUAUGACAAA